AUGGCUGUAAUAUGUGUUACAAAAACUUCAGGAGAUACUACGGCAUUAAUCUCAUCCAAUACAACGAAAGACACAAAAUGUAAAUGGGGAGAAGUGCUACCAAAAAAAGAUGACUGCAAUGCGUGCAUAUGCUAUGAAGGGGAAGUUCAUUGCACCAACUUGCCGUGUGACAUAAAGCAACGAAUGGACGGCACGCCCGAGUGUGAGGUCGGACAACCAUGGAUUAAACUCGAUGAAUGCAAUAGCUGUUUCUGCGAUGACGGAAAACUCGAAUGCUCAGACUAUAUAUGCAUAAGAGGUAAUUAUAUGGAGAUAGUAUCUUAAGGCGGC